AUGUCAAACCAUAAUUUAAAGUGUCAAAGUCGGGUUGAAUCUAUAAAAAAAAAAUUUGAAUGUUCGCCUUCUGAAAAAAUCACAAUUGACAACAAUUUCGUUCAAGAUAAUAAUUAUUCUUUAUAUUCUAAUCAAAAUUCAAAUGAUUCGCGUUCAAAAUCGGAAAUAGUUUUAAAAGUAAACAAUAAUUUUAAUAAAACAGAUUCUAUUAUCAGUAAUAAUUGUAACAGUAAGAUUCAAAUAAAAAGAAGUCCUGCAUUUCGUCGUGAAAAAUUAAAAACUAUAAAAACAUUGGGAAAAUUCCCAUCUCAGAAAAAAGAAAAAUCAAUUUAUUAUUAUUCGAGUAAUUGUGUUAAAAAAAUUGAUGAUAAUUUAGAUACGUUUGAAGUUGGAAAAAGUAAAAAAAUUGAAAAUGAUAGUGAUAAUGUGUCUUUGCCUGUUGACAAUACUUCAAUGACAACCAUAUCUUAUGCUGUGGUUAAUAAACCGAAAAAAGUACAAAAAAAUGAAAAAAAAUUAAACGAAUGUAAUUUAAAAUUAAGUGAUAGUUUAAAAAAAGCUUUACAGUCUCCAUUACCCAAAGGUCCUCCACCUAAAAAACCCCCAAGAACAUUUUCUUACGAUUUGGUAAAUGAUAAAUCGACCACAAGUUCGAAACUUCACAAACUUGACAAAUCUUUAAGUUCAAAAGAAAUAAGCAAACUUCAACUGAAAUUAAAAAAAUUAGAAAUAGCUUUGAAAGUACAUGACAAAAAUUUUGAUAAAAAACUUGGAAAUAAUGGAUUUAAUAAUGAUGAUAUUGGAAAGUUUAAGGAUCCAUCAUUACAAACAAAUGAAAGUCAAUCAUUACCACCAAGUUCUUCUCAAAUUAAAGAUAAAAGCCUGAAUUGUUUUUCAUUUCAAAAUUGUUUUAAUUUAGAUGAUGAAAUCAAGUACAAAUCAUUUUUUACUAAUAAUGAUGAAUCUCAUUUAGAAUAUAGUAAAACUGAGUCUGAUAAUUGUACAAUGAGUGAAAACAGCAAAACUCUCGCAGUUGAUGAUAAUUUUGAAUUUAUUCAUAAUAAAGAUUUUAACGAGUGCGAGUUUGAAGAAAAUAAAAAUUUCGAUAAAUGCUCUCAUGUUAGUUUAAGAAAAAGAGAAGAAGAAAAAAACAGUAAGGAAUCAGAUGGAGAAGUUAAUAGUAAUUUUGAUACUCAAAAUAAAAUACUAGGUAAUAUUACAAGAAACCAAGAAAAAACUGAAGAAAGUAAUGGAGAUACAUUUUCAAAAAGUAAUUUUGCCGAUAAAGCAUCAUAUGGUUUACUACAUUAUGUUCCAUAUUGGAAAACUAUAAAGAAAAAUGAAUUUUCACGUUUGUUCGAAUGUUGUUUACUCGUGGGACUCACUUUAGAAUCCCAAAAAAAUGUGCCUUAUAUAAAAAAUAUUUUUCCCCCAAAUGCAAAGCCACCUCCUUUAAUAGAAGCACUUUGUUUUCCCGACGCUGGACAUUGGCCGCCAAAAUUAGAAAAGGAAGAAAGAGAAGAACAAUGUUAUUCUUUAGUCAUCACCAAUGAAAACGGUGAAAGAAAAUUCGGUUACUGUCGAAGAGUUUUACCAGAAGGUAGCGAUUUGUGUUUGCCAUUGAUAUAUUGCAUCGUGACUUCUCACAGAGCCGAUGGUUUUUUUUACAAAGUACUGUACGAAUUGGAAUCCAGACACGGUUCACAGGGAAUCGAUGAUUUUAUUGCACAGCUUCACGAGGCUCCAUUUCCGGGUCCUGGAGAAAGUUUAAAACUGAAACAAAUUUUGGAAGAAGCAACGAAAGUUUUAUCUCCGGCAAAGGAUAAAAAUUUAGGUUCUACAUUGGUGAGAAGACCGUGCGAUACAAGACUGGAGGAAAAAAAUUUAACGCAGUUAUUCCAGUAUUUGGAACUUCAAGUUUUUUUUAAAAUAUUUGCAUCUUUACUGCACGAGAGAAAAAUUUUAUUAAUUAGUACAUCUAUAAGGAAACUAUCAACAUGCAUCGAAGCAUUGCAAUCGACAUUGUUGCCAUUUUGUUGGCAACAUACCUGCAUACCCGUAUUACCGAUUCAUCUUUUGGAAAUUUGCGAAGCUCCGACUCCCUACGUCAUCGGAUUACUCAAAACGGAAAACGUUCACAAAUCACUGUCGAAUAUAAAUUUUGAAAAUGGAAUCAUCGUGGAUUUAGAUGAUUCGAAAGUAAUCAAAUCGUGCGGAGAUGAAGAUGUUUUAAUGUGUUCGAAAUUAUUAAAAUCUCUUAAAAUCUCACUUAAUUUAGCCAUUAAUUCAACCGUUUUACCAGAUAAUAGUAGAAACGUCAUACUAUCGGAUGCUUUGAUUGAUUUUUUCGUUGAAAAUUGCGGCCAUUAUUCGAAUUUUAUCGUGGCAAAAGAAAAUGAAAAAAUUUUUCAAGUAAACGAUUUUAUAAAACAUUCAACGUCGACGAUAAGCCAAACAUUUUUAAAUUGGUUUACAAAGACUUCAUUGUUUCAGGGAUUCAUACACGAGAGAAUCAAUCAAGUUCCCGAAGAUGUUUCCGUCAAAUUAUUUAAUAAACGUGCGACGGAAUCAUCAUGUUUGGAUCAUCAUAUAAAAAAUUCCGCACCAUUGGCAAAUAUCAAUUAUAAAGUUUUUAAUAAAAAAGUCAAAACUUUAGGUGAUAAAAUAAAAGAUUUUAUUCAAUGA